CCUAUCUAAGCAAUGAUGCCGUGGGCAAAUAACAAGGCCGCUGCGCCGCCCUCCCAUUUUAUGCUGGCAGACGAUAGGGGACUUCGAGAGUGCUUGUUAAUGAUCCCCCGGGAGACCGCCGGUGCUUGAAGUGUUAUUAUCACCUUCUCGCCAAAUCACCGGAUCCCAUCGACUGCCCGACAUCUAACACUUUCUUGAUCGACCCUUCGACACGAGCAUUUCCCGAUGGCGUCUGCGGAUCAAGUCCCUUCCCUGGAGCAACUUCUCGAAGGCCCUGCGCUGGAACCACCGCCGGGCGUAGUGCCCGACUUUGCGAACCCAGGCGGUAGUCACGCCCUCGGGUAUGGCAUCGUCAUACUGGGGUCCAUCAUCGCUAUCAUCGCUGUUCUUAUGCGUCUAGGCUCUAGAUUCAUCUUGAGGAAGAUCGGAAUAGACGACGGCUUCAUGAUUUCGGCGCUAGGUCUUUUUGCGGGUUAUCAAUACGUCAUUUACAAGUACUCGAUAUUCCCAGGACUCGCAGUCCAUCAAUGGAAUCUUCAAUUGAAGUUUCUUCCUGAUUUUCUCUACCAUGUUCACAUUGCUUCCAUCUUCUACGGCCUCGGCAUCAUGUGUCUCAAAGUUGCCAUCCUGAUCGACUGGUUGCAUAUAUUUGUGCCCCAAGGCCGAGGCAACACCAUGUUUUGGGCGCUCCACAUAUUGAUAUGGUGCAAUGUCAUCUUCUACAUGGCUGGAAACUUCGCCGAAAUUUUCCGUUGCACCCCGCGCGAAAAAAUAUGGAAUGUGUUUUUCGAGGGAGGCAGCUGUCCGGUAAACAUAGCCGCCCAGAAUUUCUCAGCGGGAAUCCUCAACUUGAUCUCCGACGUCAUUAUCCUCGCUCUACCGCAAUGGGUCAUUUGGCGGCUCAACAUGUCGCGAGCGCGAAAGCUCGGAUUGUCAUUGCUAUUUUUGAUCGGAAUUUUCAUCUGUGUCUGUGCAACAGCGAGUAUCGUCUGGCUCGAUCGAAUGCUUCAUUCGGAGGACAUACUCUACUGCAUGUCAAUUCGCAGCCUCUGGGGCAUCGGCGAGUGGGCAGCCGGCUUUCUUAUCCUUGGCAUCCCCUCUGCCCCUAAAGUCUUCCAGAGCCUGCCGUUCUCCGAAUCGGUGAUGACCCUGAUUCAUUCAUGGACGAACCAUAGCACGUCGAGUAAUAACGUCGACGGCAUAGCACAUCGGUCCUGGGGCAGGCCGCUGUCGCGAAAACGUCGUGGACUUUGGGAAAUCACUGAGCUGGAAACGCAGGACACGGUGCCCAUGACGAGAACGAGCGGCGGGAAAGAUCACGAACGGGAUGGGACGGCGAGCGACAUGCAUGUGCAUAUAACAAUGUAAUGGCGGAGGUGGAAGAGAGAGUGGAGAACACGGAGACGUGAGUGUAUGACUAGGAAGAUGAUAAUAGCCUGUGGUCUGGGUAUCAGUAUAUUCAAGCAAAUUCAUACCGCU